AUGCAAGGCACCGAGACGGUGAAAAAAGAAGCGGCCGACGAGUCGCUCGACAUCGAGUCCCAAGUCAAGGAAGCCAUGCUCUCUCGCGUUAGCCACUUCAAAGAACAAGCCGAUUCUUUGACGUUUGAGGGAGUGCGGAGACUGUUAGAGAAGGACUUGGGAUUGGAGAAAUUUGCACUGGAUGUGCAUAAGAGAUAUGUCAAGCAGUGUUUGUUUGAGUGCUUAGAUGGCGCUGUUGCUGACAAUGCCUCCAAGGACUCUGGGGAAACAGGGGAAAAGCAUGUUGGUUCUCCAAAAGAAGGCACACAAUCACCUGAAAGACUAGAGUCAAAAAGCAACAUAAAGGAACCUUCCUCUGAAGAAGAGGAAAAAAUGGAAGACUCUCCUGUAAUGGGCCUUUUGACAGGACAAAAAACAACAAAAUCAACGAUCAAGGAUACUCAAUCAAAUGAGAUCAAAGAAGUUCCAAAUGAAGGCAGCAUAAAGAAAGCCAUGAUGAAACGGGCUUCUUAUGUCAAAGCUAAUUCUGAGUAUGUUUUUAUUUCCUUUGGAUUGGCUGUCAAUUCCUAUGGCCAAGAAAUUACAAUGGCUGGACUUCGUCGACUCUUGGAGGAAGAUCUUAAACUUGAUAAAUUUUCACUUGAUCCCUACAAGAAGUUCAUUAGCAAGCAAUUAGAUGAGGUAUUAAAAUCUUCUCAAGUUUCUGAACCUAAGAAGAAAAAUCUUAAAAAUAAUUCUCAUGGUAAAGCACCCAUAAAGGUAAGCUGUGAAGAGAGUGCAGAUUCUUCAGGUAAAGAGAGUCUGGAGGAAGAUGUAAAACCAAAGAAAAAGAAAAUUGGUGCAGAACAAAAGUUGCAGAACUCCGAAGGGUCUAAAAAACGGAGACGACCCGAAAAGGAAACUAAGGUAUCUGCAAAGAAGCGGAUCAAGCCCUUGGAAACAGUGAAAGAGGACAAUAGUGACACAGAAGUCGGUGAAAAUGCUUUGGAAGACAACAGUUCUCCAUCAUCAGCAGAAAAAGCAGUCAAGAAAAAGGAAGCUUCUACUCCAGUGUAUGGGAAACGUGUGGAGCAUCUGAAAUCAGUCAUUAAAUCCUGUGGGAUGAGUGUGCCUCCUGUGAUUUAUAAGAAGGUGAAGCAGGUGGCUGAGAACAAGCGAGAGGCUCAGCUAAUAAAGGAACUUGAAGACAUACUUUCUAGAGAAGGAUUGUCGUCAAAUCCUUCUGAAAAAGAGAUCAAGGAAGUCCGAAAGAGAAAGGAAAGAGCAAAAGAACUUGAGGGCAUUGACUUGAGCAAUAUUGUCACAACUUCACGUAGAAGGUCUGCAACCAGUUUUGUAGCUCCUCCAAAACCAGAAGUGCCAGUGGAAAGUGAGAGUGAUGACACUGAUGAUACAGACGAGGAUGAUGAAGAUGCUGACGACAACAACGAAGAAGAUGAUGGAGAUGACAACAGGGGUGGUGACAGCCCAAGUGAAGAGCUUGAUGAGGAGCAAGAUGAUGGCAGCGACUGA